UGAUCAGUAGUUGUUUAUCAACACAAGUGAAAACCCCUAACGCAAUUACAAAAUGGAUACCAGUGAAAUUAUACCCGAUAUGAUAGACUCUAAACCAAAAGCUACUGUUGAGGUAACUUUCACAGGUGGCCUCAAAGUUAAUAUGGGCAAUGAAUUGCAACCGAAACAAGUUAAAGAUCAGCCACAACUAAAAUGGAACGCUGAGCAGGGAUCACUAUACACACUUCUAAUGACAGAUCUAGAUCCUCCUUCACGUAAGGAACCGACAUUAAGAGAAGUUUUACAUUGGUUAGUUGUUAAUAUACCUGGCAAUCGCAUUAGCGAGGGGCAAGUGUUGGCCGAAUACAUGAGUUCAGGACCCGAAGAAGGUACCGAUUUACAUCGUUAUGUAUUUCUUAUUUUUAAACAAGUGGGAAAAAUUACAACCGAUAUAUUUAUACCAAAAGGAUCUUUCGAGGGUCGUUUUAAUGUCAAGACCCGUGAUAUUAUUGCCAAGUAUAAUUUAGGCAAUCCUAUUGCUGGUAAUUAUUAUCUUUGUCAAUAUGAUGAUUAUGUUCCAAUAUUGCAAACUACUUAUAAAAAAUAAAGGAUUAUGUAUUAUUAUUUAUAGAAUUAUAUAGACUGUUCUGUAGUCUAGACUAUAAGCUUAUCUAUAAUCUAGACUAUAG